AUGAGAGCCCUUGCAAAUAUCUAUGUCUUUGCUUGUGUCUUUACAUUCAUGCUAUGUAAUAGUAUCCAGCCAACUGUGGAAAAUGAAUUUAUUGCAAAUUAUUCAAGCAGUUUGCUAACUAAUGUUCCAAAAAACAUUCCAGUCCAAACUCAUGUGUUAGAUUUGUCACGUAAUAGGAUCUCCGGACUUAGUAUCUCAGAAUUUAUUUCUCUUUCUGACCUUCAAGUAUUAAAUCUUUCUCACAAUCUAAUUACGGAGCUUGACUUUAGUGUCUUCAUUUUUAAUGAAGAUUUAGAAUACUUAGAUUUAUCUCAUAAUAACAUUUUGAAAGUUUACUGUCAAACUCUUGCAUAUCUUAGACACUUAGAUCUUUCUUUCAAUAAGUUUGCUGCCUUGCCCAUCUGUCAGGAAUUUGGGAACAUGAUUCGUUUGGAAUUCCUAGGAUUAAGUGCCACGAUGAUACGAAGGUCAGACUUCAGGUAUAUCAUACAUUUGCAGCUGCACACUGUCUUCCUAACCUUAGAAGACUUUUUUCUCUAUGAGCCUCAGAGUCUGACAGCUUUGAAUACAAGGAGCCUCCACAUUAUUUUUGCAGCAACCCAAAACUUCAGUUUUCCCCUCUUGUAUGAUGGAAUGAGCACUUCAGAAAAUUUAAAAAUAGUUAAUUUAAGAUAUACCUUGAGCUACAAAGAUUUCCCCUCUCCUGCUUUAAUGCUUCUGAAGAAAAUCAAGACAACAGCUCUGAUGCUUGACACUGUGGACUUACAAUGGGCUAUCAUUUUGCAAAUUUUCCUGCUUAUUUGGUAUUCACCUGUGGAGCAUUUGACUGUGAGAAAUUUGACUUUUCGGGGACCACUGGUGGAGCUGACUGAAGAUGAAUUAUUACCCUUACUGAGCUCUCUGGAACAAUUAAUCUCUUUGACUGGCUCCAUGAAAAUGCUAACUUUGGAGCACGUUCGUAAUAAGGUUUAUUAUUUCAACCAGGAGAUUCUAUACAGACAGUUUUCAGAGAUGAAUAUUACCUGUUUGACAAUAUAUGAUGCGUAUAUGCCACACAUGCUUUGCCCCAAUAGGACAAGCUCAUUUCAGUAUUUAAAUUUUUCUCACAAUGCCCUAACGGAUAAAUUGUUCCAGAAUUGUGGCACUCUGACAGAUCUGAAAUUACUUAUUUUGCAGAGGAAUAAAUUUGAGAGCCUUUCCAAG